CUUCCAUCCACCGACCGACCGCCCAGUGCGAAUCGCAUGCACCGGCGCCCGAAUCCCGAUACUCAUAGUACAGUACAGUGCAAUACAACUCAUCAUCAUAAUUCUAUGCAGCUAACACGCACAGCAAGGGACAGGAUCAAUCUGAGGACCGCGACCGAACGAAUCCCCACCCACGCAGACAAUGUCGACAAUCCAACGUCCGGUUGGAAAGCACCCCCCCAACCUUCCACAAUCGCUACGACUGAGUAACCAGUAGCUAGUAACUCCCAAAAGAAACGAGGCGAAGCACACAACCCAGCCACAAAGAAAGCCAAAAGCGU